AUGCCCAACAUCAAGCUGCAAUCAUCGGAUAAUGAGAUUUUUGACACUGACGUAGAAAUUGUCAAAUGUUCGGGCACCAUCAAGACCAUAUUGGACGAUUGUGUCAUGAAAAGUGCCGUAGUCCUCUUGCCUAAUGUUAAUUCAGCUAUAUUACGUAAAGUUUUACAUUGGGCCAACUACCACAAGGACGACUCCCAACUCCCAGUGGACGGCGGAAAUAAAGAAAAACGCACCGAUAUUUCUUCAUGGGAUGCCGAUUUUCUAAAGGUUGACCAGGCUACGCUAUUUGAAUUACUUUUAGCUGCAAACUAUUUGGAUAUCAAAGGUCUGUUGGAUGUUACCUGUAAAGCUGUAGCAAAUAUGAUUAAGGGAUAUACCCCAGAAGAGAUUCGUAAGAUGUUCCUUAUUAAAUGA